AGUCGUAUCGCUGGGGCCUCAUCCUUCCAAUGGCGACUGAAAACAGGCUGAAUAGAAAGCGGGAGCAACCGUGGAGGGGGUCAGAGCUGUGUAACCGAAAUUAAAUAAAUAUAUCAUAUUCUCUGUAGUCAUAAAGUUAGCCUAACAUUUGUUUCACCUCUCCAAAUCACGGCCGAAUCAAUGGCCAAAAAUCGGAACAUUUCGCUCCUUGAGUCGGAGCUCUAUUACUUGAUUUCUCGUUUUCUAACAACGGGUCCAUGUCGGAGAGCGGCUGAGGUCCUGGCGAGUGAACUAGAGGAAUAUCAGCUCUUACCCGGGAGAUUGGACUGGCUGGGAAACGAGCACCCGAGAACUUAUGAAGAUGUGGUUGCAGCCAACAGACAUAUUGCACCAAACCAUUUGCUACAGAUAUGUAAGCAGAUUGGACCAAUUCUUGACAAAGAUGUGCCAUCAUGUGUCCCAGGUGUACACUCUCUCCUGGGGUCUGGAAAGCAGUCAAUGCUUAGGACCGCAAAAGACUGCGACAGUGUGCGGUUUAAUUCUUCAUCAUAUGCAGCCCUUCACCGGGGCAGACCACCAGAGAGGCCUUACAACUGCAAGAAACCUCCACACCUAGUGGAGAUCCAUCGAGGGAGAGAGCUGACUGGAGUGCAGCGUUUCAGCUCCAUCAAUCCCGUCAGCAACUAUGAGCACAUGCGGCUGCAUAGGCGGAUCCUGGGGCAUCUGUCUGCAGUGUACUGUAUCGCAUUUGAUCGCACUGGUCUCAGGAUCUUCACAGGCUCAGAUGACUGUUUGGUGAAGAUUUGGUCUUCGUUUGAUGGAAGGCUUCAUUCGACGUUGCGAGGACACUCUGCAGAGAUCACAGACUUGGCGGUUAAUUAUGAGAACACACUAAUUGCCGCGGGAAGCUGUGACAAGACCAUCCGUGUGUGGUGCCUUCGUACCUGUGCCCCUGUGGCUGUGCUGCAGGGGCACAGUGGAUCUAUUACCUCCCUACAGUUCUCACCGUUUGCUAAGGGCUCCAAACGUUACAUGCUGUCCACUGGAACUGAUGCUACUGUCUGUUUCUGGCAGUGGGACGUCAACAACAUUAACUUUAGUGAUCGGCCUCACAAAUUUACAGAGCGGCCGAGGCCGGGAGUUCAGACUGUGUGUUCCUCAUUCAGUCCAGGUGGGAUGUUCUUAGCAACAGGAAGUACUGAUGAUGUCAUCCGAAUAUAUUACAUGGGGGGCGGGAGUCCAGAUAAAGUAUCAGAGCUCCAUGAGCACACGGACAAAGUUGAUAGCAUCCAAUUUUGCCACUCAGGUGAAAGGUUUGUGAGUGGAAGUCGAGAUGGAACAGCACGGAUCUGGAAGCUCCAUCUGCGGCAGCAGUGGAGGUGCAUCCUGCUCAACAUGUCUGCCACUCUUCCAGGUGUUGAACCAAUGAGUGAAGAGGAAAGCUACUUCAAACCCAAAGUCACCAUGGUAGCAUGGGAUCGCCACGAUAAUACAGUCAUCACGGCUGUUAACAACCAUCUCCUCAAAGUGUGGAACUCCUACACAGGACAGCUGCUACAUAUCCUUAAAGGCCAUGAGGCCGAGGUGUUUGUCCUGGAGCCGCACCCUUUUGACCCCAGGAUCAUCCUGUCUGCCGGCCAUGAUGGGAAUGUCUUCAUAUGGGAUCUGCUGCGAGGCACAAACACACAGCACUACUUCAACAUGAUUGAGGGCCAGGGUCAUGGAGCCGUUUUCGACUGCAAAUUUACCCCCGAUGGUCAUCGCUUUGCCUGCACAGACUCGCAUGGCCACCUGCUCAUCUUUGGCUUUGGCAGUUCCAAGCCGUAUGAAAAGCUUCCAGACCAGGUGUUCUUCCACACAGACUACCGACCGCUGAUCCGGGACACCAACGGCUUUGUGCUGGAUGAACAGACGCAGCAGGCCCCCCAUCUCAUGCCCCCACCCUUCUUAGUGGAUGUGGAUGGAAACCCCCAUCCACCAAGAUACCAGCGUCUUGUCCCAGGCCGGGAGAACAUUGCUUCUGAACACCUGGUUCCUCAGCUGGGAUACGUAGCCACCAGUGAUGGCGAGGUUGUGGAGCAGGUGAUCAGCCAGCAAACUGCAGAGCACGAUGAGGCUGCGAUAAGACGCAGCAACCUUUUGGACGAGGCCAUCCGAAAUCUCCAGCAGCAACAGGACCGACAGAGCCACCCCGGGACAGAGGCGGCUGGUGCGGGACCAGAAGGACAAUCGGAGGCACAUGGCCCAGCUUUGCAGCUCGCACCAAGCACACCACGCAGAGUGUCUGUGAAUGAGCGUGCAGACGUGCAGUCACCCCCUAAUGUGGGUCUACGCCGCAGCGGACAGGUGGAGGGCGUCCGGCAGAUGCACCAGAAUGCUCCUCGCAGUCAGAUGGCCACUGAGAGAGACCUGCAGGCCUGGAGACGCAGGGUGGUGGUGCCGGAGGUGGCAUCCAGCAGAUACAGGGACCAGGAGGACAUUCGAACAGCCAGAGGAGAUGAGGAGGUGACUCUGUACAAUGCAAAGAAGAGACGCAUCAUCUACAGCAGCUGUCGAGAUGAUUCAGACGAUGAUCCUCCCACUGCGAGGCGAGCACACGGCCGCGGUGACGCGCUGGAAUUCAUGGACAUGUCAUGUGAAGAGGGAGAAGAGACCGCAAGUUCAGAGGACAAUGAGUUGGAUGGCAGUGAAAUGGAUUCCUCCAAUGAUGAGGAAGAGUGGAAAAGUGACAGCUCAAGCCACACGUCCAGCGAGUACUCGGACUGGACGGCAGACGCUGGCAUCAACCUGCAGCCCUCCACCCCCUUGUCGUCACGGAAACGAGUGCAGCGCAGGCUCAGCACCUCUGAAGAGGAGGAGGAAGACAACGAGGAAGAGGAGGAGAAGCAGCAGCAGAGUGACGAGGAGGAAAAAGACGGCAAGAAAAGCAAAGACAAGUCCAAAAAAGCGAAAAACAAGACACCCAGGCGUCCAAAGGUCAGACCAUCCAUCAACAGAGAAGUGUCCAACGAGUUCAGGCCGUCACCGUGGAUCACUGAUGUCAUCCCCAGGAAGUCUCCUUUUGUUCCCCAAAUGGGCGACGAGGUGAUCUACUUCCGUCAGGGACACGAGGCCUACGUUGAGACGGUGAGCCGCAGUGACCUGUACCCCAUCAACGUAGACAAACAGCCCUGGAAGAAAAUGGAGCUGCGGGACCAAGAGUUUGUGAAGAUCACUGGGAUCAAAUAUGAAGUGUGCCCUCCAACACUCUGCUGUCUGAAGCUGACUCUGAUCGACCACGGCACCGGCAAAAUAUCAGACAAGUCGUUUUCUGUCAAGUAUCACGACAUGCCAGAUGUGAUAGAUUUCCUCGUGUUGAGGCAAAGUUACGACGAAGCGCUUCGUAGAAACUGGCAACCAAACGACAGGUUCCGCUCCGUGAUCGACGACGCCUGGUGGUUUGGGACCAUCGUCUGUCAGGAGCCCUACCAGCCUGAAUACUCCGACAGCCUCUUCCAGUGCUUCAAAGUCAGAUGGGACAACGGGGAAACAGAGAAACUGAGUCCUUGGGAUGUGGAACCGAUACCAGAUGGUGCCCAGCAGCCAGAGACAGAAGGAGGAGGUAUCCCUGUGACUGAGGAUGAGAUGAGUGAGCUGAUGUACAAGCCCCUGCCUGGGGAGUGGGGGGAGAGGAGCAGAGACGCCGAGUGUGAACGCAUCGUCGCCGGCAUCGACCAACUCAUCACCGUUGAGAUCGCAGCUCCCUUCUCUGGUCCUGUGGACUUAAUCCAGUAUCCCACCUACUGCACUGUGAUCGCCUAUCCCACUGACCUGGGCACCAUCAGACUGCGACUCAUGAACAGAUUCUACAGACGCCUCUCAGCAUUAAUUUGGGAUGCCAGGUAUAUUGCACACAACGCCCGCACUUUCAAUGAGCCAAUGAGCAAGAUUGCCCACUCCGCAAAGAUCAUCACAAAUGUCCUCCAGAAAUUUGUCAACGAUCCAAGCUGCACAGAUCUCAUGGAGAUUUACAACGCUGUUGAGGAAAUGGAUGAUGAAGAUGAGGAAGAGGACACAGAAGCACCGGGAACGUCCUCUGGACACAGACUGCGUCAGCGCUCUGUAGAGGUGGUGCCUGACAGAGACGCCUGGAAGAAAAAGUGCAAGAAUCUACUCAACUACAUAUUUGAGUGCGAGGACUCGGAGCCGUUCAGGCAGCCGGUGAAUCCUCAGAACUACCCGGACUACCAUGACAUCAUUGAUACACCAAUGGACUUUGGCACAGUGAAGAGGAUGCUGGGGGAAGACCGCUAUGAAAACCCUAUAGAGGUGUGCAAAGACACCAGGCUAAUAUUUGCCAACGCUAAAGCCUACACACCCAAUAAACGCUCCAAGAUUUACAGUAUGACCUUGCGGCUCGCUGCCUUUUUCGAGGAGCAGAUCAGAGCGAUCACAUCCGAGUACAAAACUGCCAUCAAGAGCAGCGACAGGCUCCGCCGCAGUCAGCGGUUCCGCAAGAAAAUGCAGCAGCAGGAUCAGUCCAACACCUCAUCGAGUCAAAAGAGAGCUGCUCUAAAAACUCAGGAAAAUGUGGAGUCCACGUCAGUGACCAAAUCUACCUCAGCCAAAGUGUCCGUUCCCGAGAGAGCCAGGAGGAGUCGACGGAGCAGAUCAGCUCACAGCUCCUCGGACGACUCCAAAGCGGCUUCAUCAACACCAGAGUCUGAAAGUGAGAGUGAGUCUGAGGAGGAGAAACGUCGUGGUUCCUCAAGGCACCAUCAACUCAGACAGAAAGCACGAGUCACAAGAAGCAACCGCGCCAAGCAGAGGAAAAAAGUUGCAGAAAGCGAUAGUGAGGAGGAGGAGGAGGAGGAAGAAGACGAGGAGGAGGAGGAAUUUGAUAGUGAAGAUGGAGAGGAUGGACCGAUGUCCUCCCAGUCUUCAGGUCGUCGCUACCCCAGCAGGAGUAAGAACAGCAGGAGCACACGGCUGACCAGAAACAGUGCUGGUGCGGACAAGAGGCACACAGAGGGCAGAGCUGAAGUGAACGGUCACAGCAGCAGGUCGUCUCGCAGGGAGAGACGUCGCCGCCAGGACUCUGACGGGGAAGAGGAAAUCACAGUUCGCAGGUCACUCAAGAGAAAGACUGCGAGGGCAGCUGUGAAUAAGAUGAAACUCCUCAAAGCAUCAGAUGAGGAGGAGGAAGAGGAUCAGCAGCCGAGAAGGAGCAGCAGCCGCCUCCGCCACACGGUCCGGACCAGCAAACGCACCGCAGUGAUCCAGAGCAGCUCGGACUCUGAUGAAGAGACAUCAAGACGAGCUUCACGUAAAAAGAAGGAAUCGGGUGACGAAUCCAAGGACGAGGAGGAGGAUGAAUCCAAGGACGAGGAGGAGGAUGAAUCCAAGGAGGAGGAUGGUAAUGACAGUGAUGCUUCAUCUGUCUCCCAAAAUCAGCAGAAUGGAGACACAAGGUCCCACAAACUGAGGAUAUCACGACACGCUGCUAAGACUAAGACGAAGGGAAAUGAUUCUUUGUCCCAUGUGAACGGACACAGUGCAAAACAUCACAAGUCAGACAGCAACUCAGAGCAAGAGGAAGCUGCAGAGGAGAGUUCUGGAGAAGCCGAAGAGUCUCGGAAACCUUCUAGAAGCACAGCAAACACUCCAGCCAGGAAAAAGAAGAUUGCAAUUGAGGAGGAAGAGGAGGAGGUAGAGGACACUGAACGCAGGACCACACGACACAAACUUCCUUUCAGCUCAGAUGAGGAAUACAAAUACCACAGUUCUCAGAAACACCCACACCAAAAUGGAAGAAAUGUGGAGGAAGCAAUCCACAAGGACUCUAAGAAGAAGUGUAAAGUCUCACCGUCGAAAAGCCAAGAUAAACAAAAAUCUGCCUCAACUAAUAAACUGGAUGGUGCUGAAUCAGAGGAGCUCAGUGACUCUCCAAAAAGAUCCAGCCUACGCAAGAAAGGUCUGAAAAAAGAUAAAGAACGCAAAGUAGAAAGCAAUCUCUCCAGUGAGGAAUUAGAGGCUGAACCCAAGUCAAAGAGGUCAACAAGAAACAAGACGAAAUCUAAACGGCCUCGCAGCGACACCGCCGCUUCAGAGAGCUCUGAGCAGGAGUACAAACCCAAGAGGAAGUCGAGGAGGAAACGCUCCACCGGCUCGUCGGACGAAGAGUCGGAUAAUUCAGAAAACGCAUCAAACAGGCGGCCGAAUCUCCGAGCGCUACCAAAAAAGAGUUACAUCAGCGACAACUCUCUCUCUGAGGAGGACGCCACGUCUGCUAGCCAGCGGAAACAGCGAAACGUUAAAAAAGCACCCACAGCGUCGAGGGAAGACGGGUAUAAUAAGCGAGAGUCUAAAAGAGCCUCUCCCAAUGAAGCGAAGAAUCAGCUGUCUUCCAGCAGAAAACGUAUUUACACCUCAGACUCUGAAGAUGCGGAGGAGGACGGCGAGAAGAAGCCCGUGUCCAAGGACAACACAAAUAAAAAUAUCAAGUCAGGCUCCUCAAAACGUCCCAAAAGGGAAUCCAAGCAAGAGGAAGAAACCUCUUCCCAAUCUAAUUCCAGUGAGGAGGAGGAGGAGGAGGAGGAGGAGGGGAGGAGGGAGGAGGAGGAGGAGGAGGAGGAAGAUGAGGAGGAAGAUGAAGAUGCUGGUCGUUCAAGGAGCGCGAAGAAGAACUCAAGGCGGCCAAAACACAAACUAAAGCAAAUCAACAGCAACAGCAAUCACAGUUCUGACUCCAAAAGCGAGCGUUUGUCUUCAGCCUCUGAAAACUCGUUUGCCAGCUCGGGGUCCAGAAGCCCAAAGAGGAGGAGUCACAGACGGCCCGGGGUCGGCGAGAGAACUGCCGGCCGGCAGCUGAGGCAGCGCCGGCCGCAGUCCGCCUCAGAGAAGGAGUACAGCGACGAGUCGUGCCGCAAAACGCAGCAAAAGACCCGCGUGAACACACGUAACCGAGGGAAGCGGACAGUAAGUUAUAACGACAGCGAAUAAAGUUGUGGAUGGAACUGUAGAGGCGAGACGGACAUUAACUGGAGACCUUUAAAGACACUUGAUGGCCACGUUAUGGUAGUAGCACUGGAGUCCUCGAGAGAAAAUGCUGUGAAUCUGUUUCAUUCAGGGAUAUUUAUAUUUUCUAUGAAAAACAUGUUUAUAGAUGUAAUACAAAUUCAAGCAUUUGAACUGCUGGUUUUCACAAGGAUGCAGCGCAAAACACCACCUCCCAUACUGCUUGUUGUGUUUUGGCCGGCAGAGUAACCAUUCUGGGGAGUUUUGUCAGCUUGGGUGCUAUCUAAUAUACCUCUUGUUUAAUCAAGCAUAUUGCUGGCUUGCACUAAGAUACACUGUAAUGAGGUAUUUCAUACACUAGUUUUGCAUUAGAAACUCAGGGGUCAAAUACGUUUACUGUAGUCUCAGACAUGCAGUUGUUUUUUGAGCUAAGGUAAGGACGAGAAACAAUUCCAGGUCGGCAGAUGUCCAAGCACAGUCACUGGGACAUAACGAAUCCAUGUUCAGACUUUUGACUACAGCAAUCCUUUGUAAUCCACGGACUUAAUGCUUGACUGUAUUUUGAGUUGAUAUGAGCCAAAACGAAUGAAUAUGAGUUAUUUCCCCCAUACCGUUUCUUUUUUUUUUUUACAGUUAGUUUUGUGUUGUAUUCUAGUAAAUAGAUGUAAAUAUUUGAUCGAGGAAGAGACAUUGUCUGAAAGGUUUCGACGAUCAGUCGGUAGAAAAACGUUUAUUUAAAUUUGCUUUUCUUUUUAAAACAAAUUUCGUUUUUUUUUUUAUACUUUUUGCUGCAUUGUCUUGCCAUAUGUCACAAAUUGGUACCUUUUUGCCAAGUACGAGUAACCAAAAGUACUUAUCGCAAAAAUACUGUGAUUUCUCAUAUUGGGAAGACCUUUUAUUGUUCUGUGUUACCUACUUUCAGUGUUAAAUUCUUUUUCAGAGUUGACUUAAAAACAUUUUGCCAGUCACAUGGUUUAAUUUUGUUUAUGGGGAGGUUUCUAAAUACAGUCGCUUUAUGACAUUUUGCUUAAUGUUUUACACCUUUAAUAAACCGAUUUCACAGGAAAACUUAUCGCAAUGUGGUUGUGGAGUGCAAUGAAUGAGUUAUUCCUCAUAUUAAUAAAGACAUCAUUUCAAGGGGUA